AUGGCACCAUCACAAGACACAUCUUUCUCUGCCCACGUGGCAAAUCAGUUCACCUCGUAUGAGAAGGACCGUCAAUCCUCAUCCAAGGAUGUCACAUACUCCACCAGCAAUGGCAUGCCAACUGCUCAUCCUUAUGAAUCUCAAAGAGCGGGCGAGAAUGGUCCCCUCCUCCUUCAAGACUUCCAUCUGAUCGAUCUACUCUCGCAUUUCGAUCGAGAGCGUAUUCCCGAGCGGGUUGUCCACGCAAAGGGCAGCGGUGCUCAUGGUUUCUUUGAGUGCACAAACCCUGCAGACGACCUCACCAUCGCCGAUAUAUUCAGCGCCAAGGGUAAGAAGUGCCCAGUCACCGUCCGUUUCUCGACAGUAGGCGGCGAAUCCGGUUCGCACGACUGUGCCCGCGAUCCCCGAGGGUUCUCAGUCAAGUUCAGGACUGAGGAGGGCAACUGGGACAUGGUUGCCAACAAUACACCUGUCUUCUUUCUGCGAGAUCCUGCCAAAUUCCCUCACUUCAUUCACACCCAGAAGAGAGACCCCUCGACGCAUCUAACCCAUGCCGAUGAUUCGACAAUGUUUUGGGACUACCUCUCUCAAAAUCCAGAGUCGAUUCACCAAGUCAUGAUCUUGAUGGGUGACCGUGGUAUUCCUGAUGGCUACCGAUUCAUGCACGGUUAUGCCGGGCACACGUUGAAGUUCAUCAACAAGAAUGGGGAUUGGGUUUAUAACCAGAUCCAUUUCAAGUCCCAGCAAGGGACCAAGUUCAUUACUCAAGAAGAUUCAGCCGAGAAGUCUCCAGAUUAUUCACAGAAAGAUCUGUACGAGGCUAUCGAGAAGGGCGACUACCCAAAGUGGUCCGUUGAGGUACAGACCAUGACUCCCAAGGAAGCCGAGGAUCUGUGGGAGAAGCAAGGCAUCAAUGUAUUCGAUUUGACGCACGUAUGGCCACAGAAGCAGUUCCCUCUUCGCAAGAUCGGUGAAUUUACGCUCAAUGAGAAUGCGAUCAACUACUUCGCCGAGGUCGAGCAAGUAGCAUUCAACCCUGCCCACAUGCUUCCAGGUAUCGAGCCCUCGGCAGACCCUGUCCUUCAGUCUCGACUGUUCUCUUACCCCGAUACCCACCGCCACCGCAUUGGAGUCAACUAUCAACAACUGCCCGUCAACGCACCUCGUACAGGUUAUCAAUUCGGCAACUUCCAGCGCGAUGGUUCCAUGGCAUUCUACAACCAAGGCGGUCGACCCAAUUACCUCUCGUCGAUUGACCCGAUCCAAUUUCGCCCGCGCGCUGUUGAUCUGGACAAGACGCACGGCCACUUCCAAGGUAACGCGGUAUCAUUCCUGUCCAUGAUCCGACCCGAAGACUUCGUCGCUCCCCGCACGUUGUGGGAGAAGGUCUUCGACGACGGUGCCAAGGAACGCUUCAUCAACAACGUCGCCGGCAAGAUGGAGAUGUGCAAGAGCCAGGAGAUCCUGAAGCGCCAGAUCGCCAUCUUCCGCGAAGUGUCUCCCGAUAUCGCUGAGCGCUUGGAGAAGGCCACGGGCAUCAAGGGAUAUGCGGGCAUCAAGGAUAUGAAGUUCAACGGCACUCACAAUGGCUUCAGCAAGGAUGACUCGGUCAGAUAUGCCAAUGGCUUGGCUGCGUCACGCAACUCUACUGCGGACAAGAAUGGUGCUCCUACUUUCGGCAGUCACCAGGGCAUCGAGGUCGCCUGA